UCUCCUACGUGAAGGAACAUUGUGCAAAAUGUGCUUUGUAAACUCAGGACUAAGGAUGUGGAUGGUUUUGUUUUGCUCUCUGCUAGCACAAGCAAAGACCUAUCCUCUACAAGAAUGGCCAAUGUACGCCCAAGCACCAAGAGAAUAUCCUGAAGACGAUUAUUAUUAUGCUCCAAAAAUACAAUACUAUUACGAUGCUCCAGCCAUAAACGCACCUGAAGUUUACGGUCAAGUUCCUUAUACAUAUUUUUAUGAUCCUUAUGGUCAUUUUGCAAAUGAAGCGCCAAAGAAACAAGAAGAAAGAUUAGCUGCAUUGCCUAUCGGUCAAGAGACGUGGUUCGAAAACGAAUCCUCUCCACGAUGGAAGUCUAAUAAUAUCGAUGACGUCAACGCCGCCUUCCUAGACAAUUUAAUUCUUACACAAAUGGCUCAAGACGCACAGCGGCGACGUGAAAAUGCACGAGCUGCAUUCUCAAAUAUGGAUUAUGAAGAAAAAGAAAAUGAGGAUGAAGACGUAAGAGAACUAAAAGCUCUGGCAGAUAAACCACUUUACCAUGUACCUAAAACUAUUUCUAAAAUUGAAGAUGAUGAUUAUCCUGAAGAUUACGCAGAUUCCUUUAUAAACUGGAACGGAAAUAAGCGAAGUGUGACCACAGUGGCUCCGGAAAUCACUACAGAGGAAGCAAAAGAUAUCAACAAAGAAGUAGUGAUGCCUCGACCAGCUCCGAUCUCCCACAACCACAAAACUAAUCAAAAUAAAAUUAAAGCACCAUUCUACAACGCCAUUACACAAUUUCUUGAAAAACAAGGCCAUGAAAAUUUGAAAGGACGAAGAAUCGAUAAACGAUUUGUUGCCGGUGAUUCCGAUCUAGUAGUCGAACUUCGAGGACUGAAACAUCGUAUUGCGACUUAAAUUGACACAAUUGAUUACCGCCAACUAACAUGAGACUGAGUAUUAUUUUAGAAUAGUAAAUUUACGGCAACAGUGACCUGAUAAAUCACGAUGAGAAACAGGCAAUCAAAAUAACAAAAAAAAAAUUAAUUGCGUAAUAUAUAAUUUUUUAAUUAUAUUGAUCAUACAAUCAUAUAUUUCUGACAUUUCUAACGACUAUAUGAAAACGUUAUUUGCCGCCAUUUUCAAAUGUAUUGCACUAAAUUUGCAAUAACUGUCUCCUUUAAAAUAUUUAAAUAGUUGAUGACUGGAUUUCUAUAAAAUAGCUAAUCGAUUAAUGCUAAUCGAUAAAAUAGUUGAUCUCAGAUCCUUUUCGAUUCUUUACUAGUUUUGAUAAAAUUUCGUAGUUGAUAUAAAAGUUAAUUAAUGUACAAAAUAAGACUAUAAUCACAGUGCUGAUUGUAGCGAUAACGGUAACUUUUAAAUAAAUCCUAAUAGGAGGUUCCCUUCAUUUGGCAGCUGACGCGUCGCACAAACUAUUGUGCAAUUGUUGUAAAUAUUAGAUAUCAUUCUUCUAAGAUUUAGAUAGAAAAUAUACGUCACGAUAAUUUUUAAAAAUGAAUGUGUAUUUUUAAGUAAGGUAUUUUUUUAACUGUGCAAAAUACUGAAAUUUUCCUUGGCUAUAAUAUUUAUGAAAUAAAGGAAAAGUUCGCGUCCCUUCUGAUACGAUACCGACGUAUCUAUGUGUAUAUGUAUUAUAAUAUAAAUUUAUGUACUUUGUUUAUACGGCUAGUCCGUAUGGUGGAUGAUUUAAUUUA